AUGGGGGUACUAAUUGCACACGCAAAGUGUGGCAACACCUACAAUUCUUUUCUUGAUUUUGCAGAUGUGGCCAAAAGGUUCAGAGAGAAAGAUACAGAGUUGGCUGAAGCCAAGUCAACCAUAACUAUGCUCAAAGGACGUUUACACAAUGAAGCGACAUGUAAUAAGAGGGCAAGACUUGAGUGUGAUACUCGGGUAGAGGAUCUUAAAAGAAAACUACUAAGAGAUAAAGAACUGAUUGAUGACCUUCAACACAAGAUCAGACAGUUGCAAGCCGCCCAGAAGGAGGCCCAGGAAGAAACACGGAAAGCUAAGCAACAUUGCAAUGUUUCCGUAUACGAAGCUGAGACAAAGGUUGUAAAUAUGCAGCGAGAGUACAUCGAGCAAAAUAAUAGGCUUAGCGAGGAAGUGUCAUUUCUGCGGCAGAGAGUUGUGGACUUGGCAACAGAGGUCGAUGAGAAAACUGUUGAGGUGGAAAACACUAGGUCUCAUGCAGAUGUGUUGGCACAACAACUGAAUACAGCAGAAAGUAAAAUAAGAGAACUUUCAUCUAGCCAGCUUCAACUGGAGACGUGUCAGUUACAACUAGAACAGGCUAAAGCUAAAAUUAAGGAUCUUGAAAUAAGACAGAGUGAGUUCUCAGAAGCAGAGAAGAAAAAUGAGAUAUUUGAAUCAACUGUUUCAAAGUUAUAUGACCUGGAAAAAGAGAACAACAAGUUAAAGGGAGAAAACAAAUUUCUCAAGGACACUGCCAUAAACACAAAGCUUAUAGAAGAAAAGUUAGUGAAUGCAAAGCAACAGAUCAUGCUUUUAGAGUCUCGGUGUGAAGAUUUAGCACACUUCCAAGCAAAAGCUGACCUUUAUAAGAAUAAGCUGAAGACAUUUGAAGAUAUCAUCAUGGAGGAAUUGAAUUUAACCCAGAAGCCAACAGUACAGGAGUUGAAGAGUCACAUUUCAAAGUUGAAGAGGGAGGAUAUACAGCUAACCACUGGGAUAGAACAGCUGACAGCCAGUCAAAAGUGUAUGGAGCAAAGUCGGGUGCAUGGAGAACAAGAGAUCAGGAGUCUCAGAUCACAGCUGGAUAGGCAACAGACUGUAAUCCAGCAGAAUGUUCAGAUAGUCAAGAGACUGAACAGAAAAGUGCUUCUUUUAACACAGGAGAGGGACAGUUUAAAGAACAUUAUCACCACAUAUGAAGCCGAACUCACCAUCAACUAUUCUACAGUUAGCCAAGAAAGAAUUGAAAAGCUCGAAAGUCAGUUACAGUCAUACAGGGAAGAGCUUAAGCUAAUGGAAGAAGAACUGGAAGAGUCUUACAAGUCAGCUGUUGAAGGAUCUGAAACUCCCAAAAAGAGGGAUCGAAGUGAGAGAGUUUUGAGCAUGGAAAAGAAAAUGGCUGAGCUUGAAGAAGAGGUGAAGAAACUAAAAGAAGAAAAUGAAGCUUUAAUCCAGGCAAAAGAAGUCUUAGAAGGAAGAAUAGAAAACCUGACCCUGAAAGGAGAUUAUGACCCCACUACUACAAAAGUCUUACACUUCAAAAACAAUCCCCUGAGUACCGCAAUAGAAAAUCGUGAAACGCAACUGGAGAUGUUAGAGAAGGAAAAUGAAUCUCUACGAGAACGUGUACGUUUAUUGGAAGAAGGAGAACAGCAUAACUUAACACAGAAGGUUGGAAUGAAGGUGGCCACUGAGGGCCAUUCAAGCAAAGAGGUUUUGAGUUUACAAGAGCAGAUGGCUUCCAUUGAGACGAGGAACAAGCGAUUGAUGGAGCUAUUUAAAAAGAAAUCUCUUGAAAUGAGGGAGGCUAUCUAUCUUCUCACUGGAUACAGAAUAGAUAGUACAGGUGAUAAUCACUACAAACUGAUCAAUAUGUAUGCAGAGUCUCCUGAAGACUUCUUCAUGUUCCAACUUUCGACAGAUGGUCAGGUUCAUCUACUGGAAACAGACUUCUCAAACACUCUAGAGGAACUAAUGGACACAUAUCUUCAAAGGAAAAACUCAUUCCCAGCCUUUUUAUCAGCUGUAACACUAGACUUGUUCAGGAAACAUUCCACAGAAUCUCCUUUGAGUGGAGUGGAAGAUGAAAUGGAUGAUGAUGAAAUGGAACACAUGCAUCGAGAAAUUGAGCAGAGGCCACAAAUACCGCUGAGCCAAGGGGACGAGAUACCUGAAGAUGAAGAAGAAGAAAUGGAAGAGGAGGAAGAGGAAGAACUAGAAGAGGAGGAAGAGGAAGAGGAUGAAGAAGAAAAUGAGGAAGGGGAAGAAGCCGAAGAGGAUGACGGAGAUGAUUUGAUAUGCUUAGAUUAACAAUUACAGUAUUACAGAUCAUUUGGCCAAGAACAGUAAGAGCUUUGGGUUAGACAACAGUGCCAAAUGAUUUGUUGUUUUUAUUUGGAUUCCUAAUAAAUAUACACAAACAAGAUCUCUCGAAAAUGUAACCAGAGACUGCUCAAGGACCUUCGAGCAAAAAGAAAGGUCUCUCUCAUGAUUGUGGGCAAGCAAACAAUUUUUUGUUAUUCCUUUAUGCAUGUAUUUUUUAUCUACUGUAUGUUACUUCUACAACAUAUAGGUGUUUAUAAAACUAACAUUUAUUUUCAAUUUUUUUCAGUUAUGAAUGGAAGCUUAAAAAAAACCAUACAUUCAUUCAUCAGUAAAUGGACAAAACUCAGUACAAAUUCAUUUAAUUUAUAAUACAGUUACAUAUUUUGGAGUUUCAAUAGUAAAAUUAUUUGUUUGGGUGCUGCAUACUAUCUCAAAACCAAGGCAAGGUGACAGUAUGAAGUGAAUCUACACAACUAAAUGCACAUGGUUUAAGAUAGUAAUGAGAUCUUAUUAGAUUAAAUAGAUCAUGGAAUAUUUCUCUGAAGUAAAACAUAUUUAGAAUUUGUAUAUUUAGUAACACAUGGAUUGUUGAAGAUCAAGAGGGAACAUAAACUACAGUAUAUCACAAGAAUUUAAGCUCACAGCUAUGGUACCUUCACCUGCUUUACCACUACCACCAUACUCUUGAUCCAAUGUCAUGUGUGGCCAGGCAUAUUUUAUAUACUUAUCAUUUGUUGUAUUGAGAUAUGGCCUUACUACCAAAUGGUGAAGGCAUGUGGAACUAUUACUGUCAUCCUACAAAUUGCCUGAAAACUAUUUUGCUCAAGGCUUCAACUCCUUUGAGCACUGACUACAUCCUUUGUUAAUGACAAAUGGUACAUGAUAUGAUUUAGAUGGUUAAUUUUAACUCCUGAAGUUAAAAGUUUAUUUCCCAAGUUAAAUUUCCUGUUUAUGCAGCCACAAGACAUCAACAUUGACACAAAGACAUAGCACAUGUGUGUGAAUUGGAACUACAGUUCUUUUACUAUAAUAUUUCUCCUCUAUAAUAAAAAUAUUUUUUAUAAACUUUAUUACCAUGCAAGACUACAAUAUAAUACUGUAUAUACUAUAUAUAGCUAUGUAAACUAGGAAGGUAUAUAUAUAUUCUCAAAUAUUAGGCAUAUCAAAUUCAGUCAACUUUGGAAGUAAAAUAUCCAAUGUGCUACUUGUGGCUUAACUUUUGAAGCUUAACUUUUUUAAAAGUAUAAAAAUGUCAUGUGCAAAAUUAAUGACAAACUAUCACGUACAUCUACAUAACUUUGUAGCUGUUGUAUAAAAAAUGCAACUUUGCCACUGUUGUACAAAAAGAUAUUUUCCUUCAUAUACAAUAACUUGGUUUAAUGCUUCCAAAUGACAACAUGUUGCAAAAGCAGUUUUCUGUUUGCAGUACCCUUAAGUUAACUACUUUGUAUAUGAAAGACUGCACUUGAUGUAUAUAUUAGUUUUAUGGCUUUAACUGAAGACAUGUAUGUAUAUUCAACAAUAUAAUGGAAAGAAUACAUUGCUAAA